AUGACUUCUUCUCGUCUUUUCCUACUUUCUGCUGUCGGCAUAUUUUAUCAUUUUGUGGCAUGUGUCUCUGGUCAUGCCUACUUCUCUUAUCCAACUCCUCGUAACACUUAUUGUACUAAUUCUACAUGCACCUCUAAUGGUGUAGCAGGAGCUCAAGGACCGGUUUGGCUUUUACCAGCGAAUAGUACAUUAGUCACAGCAAGUCCAACAAGUCAAGCAACAUGUAAUGGUUCUACUUUGGCGAUUCCUGCUCCAGCGGGUAAUAGCUACGAUCCGGGAUUCAAAGGCACAACAGCCACUUCAUGGUCAGCUGGUUCACUUCAAACACUUCAAAUAUUCGUUUCCGAAAUUCAUUCAGCCGAAAAUCAAACGAUUUAUCCAACUGAUGGGUGGCAAAUCCGUUAUCGGGAUGGUGCACAGUCCGGUUCAACAUUUUCUCCCAUUGCAUUUACUUAUGUAAAUGUAUCAACAGUGGCAUCUGUUGGUCCUGCUCCGGCCGCUGGAUUUCAGUUAGGUCAGACAGUUCUUGCUACAAUUACUGUCCCCUCUACUACGACUACAGAUGGCAUAUUUCAGUUUUUCUGGCGUAACAACGAAGUUGGUCCGGGUGUUAUGUGGUUAUCGUGUGCCGAUGUUACCAUUACUGCUCUCAGCACUACUCCUGGUCUAAACACUACUCCUACACUGGGUACCACUCCUGCAGUCGGCACUACUCCUGCUCCACCAACAUUCUUUGUUAUUUUUAUCGCUCUUCUGGCCGCUGUUGGUGCAGCAUUAGUUUUCUAG